GAUUAGGGUUCACGGACGAGUAGCUCGAAUCUCGGAUGCAGCAGAACGGUACCCAAUGAUCCCGAUACUUCCCCGCAGUGCUCUUCGUAUCCCGAUCCCAAACAAUGCAGCCCAUGCAUCAUCACCACCUACUUAACUCCGUAUAAAAGUGUAGCCAUCGACUCCAUACAUCAUUUACACCCGUAUAACUCCAACCACUCCCUCCAACUAAACAACAACACCCAUAACCAACCACAGACCCAUAACCCCUGGGAAAAUGCGCAUCCUCAUAGCCCCCGCCUCCCCGCAAACCGCCCAAGCAACCAUCACCGCCCUCCUCGCCCACCCAGACACCAACUACAUCCGCGGCCUGUACCGCAACUUCCAUCGCGUGCCCCCAGCCCUCCAGAACCACCCGCACUUCGACCCCUACCCGGGCGACCUGACCGUGCCCGCGACGCUGAACUUCCACGGCUUCGACACCGUCUUCUUCGUGCUGCCGCCGUGCCUGGACGGCCGCACGCCGCUCGACGAGUGGGCCACGACCGUGUCCACGAACAUCCGGCUGGCGAUCCAGCGCUCCGGCACCGUGCGGCGGCUGGUGCUGCUGUCGAGCUUGGGGGCGGAGAUCGGGGCGGGCACGGUGCGUUUCCCCUUUCCUUUGCUUGCCUCUCAUCCUGGUGCCAGCUAACGGAGCCUACGAUCCUUGAAUGGAUGGG